GUUAUAGAAUUCGGAGGCAUUUAAUAAUGAGUCGGAAAAGUAGAACUUGUUUUAGGAAAUGGUGAAAAACCCUCUAGUUAAAUACUAGCACAAUUUUCAAAUCAACAUGCACAUCACAUAGCUUAUCAAAGAUGGGAGAAUCUGCACCACAAAGGUAUGCAGUGGUGACUGGAUCAAACAAAGGAAUUGGAUUUGAGAUAGUGAAGCAGUUAGCUUCAUCUGGAAUCAAAGUGGUGCUUACAGCAAGAGAUGAACAAAGAGGUCUUCAGGCUUUGGAAAAACUCAAAGCUUCUGGUUUAUCUCAUUCUGUUGUUUUUCAUCAACUAGAUGUUGCUGAUGCUGCUAGUGUAGCUACUCUUGCAGAUUUUCUCAAAUCACAAUUUGGCAAACUUGAUAUUCUGGUUAACAAUGCAGGCGUUAGUGGAACUGUGAUUACUGACAAAGAUUUAGCUUCUGUGCUUAUCUCUAACCCUGGAGCAUUAUCAGAAGAUGAAAAGAAAAAGGCGGUGACUCAAACAUACGAGUUAGCUGAAGAAUGCUUGAAAAUAAAUUUUUAUGGUACUAAAAUAGCUACUGAAUCACUUCUGCCACUGCUAAAGUUAUCCGAUUCGCCGAGAGUUCUGAAUGUAUCAUCCACUCUAGGGAAGUUAGAGCGCAUACAAAACGAAUGGACUAAAAAAGUCUUCGGCGAUGCUGAUAACCUAACCGAAGAGAAAGUGGAUGAAGUACUAAACAAGUUUCUUGAAGAUUUCAAAAAAGACGGGCCUAAACUUGGGGGUGCUUAUGUUAUAUCUAAAGCUGCUGUAAAUGCUUAUACAAGAAUUGCUGCUAAGAAUUUUCCUGCUAUAAGCAUCAAUAGUGUUUGCCCCGGUUAUGUCAUCACAGACAUAACCGCAAAUACCGGUAUCUUAACUGCUGAAGAAGGUGCUGCAAGUGUUGUCAAGUUAGCACUACUUCCCAAUGGUAGUUCAUCUGGCCAAUUCUAUAACAGGACUGAAGUGUCUUCCUUUUGAUAAAUAUUAGAAUUUUUUGUUUAAGAAUAAAAUGUAUUGUUGCUUUGUUGUUAUUUUGGCAUUUAGUAUUGACAAUACUAUUGUUAUUGUUGUUGUUUCUGUUGCAUCAAGUUUUCUACAUAAUAAUAAUAAUAAUAAUAAUAAAUAACAAUAAUUCUUAUC